AUGGAUUUUGCAAGAUGAAAAUAAGAAGAUUUUAUCUAUAUUGAAAAUGAGUUUUGAUCGUUUGCCUUCAUCCUUAAAAAAGUGCUUCUCUUAUUGUUCAAUUUUUCCAAAGGAUGCUGUCAUUUUCAUAGAUGAUUUAAUUCAACUUUGGGUGGCUCAGGGGUUUGUUCACAAAUCUAAUGAAAGCCUUGUGGAAACGGAGGAUAUUGGUAAUGAGUAUUUCAAGGAGUUGUUAUCUAAUUCUUUUUUCCAAGAUAUUGAAUGGGAUUUGUAUGGGAAUAUUGAAUCUUGCAAAAUGCAUGAUCUAGUGCAUGAUCUUUCAUUGCUUGUUUCAAAAGGUAAGACCUUGGUUUGGGACACUAGUUGCAAUUUUGAUGUUCAGAAUUGUAGUACCAUUCGACAUUUGAGAGUCAAGUCCAGGGGAAAGGGUCUUCUAACCAUUCCAAGAAGUGUUGCUCAAAGGCUGCAUUCUUUGUUUUCAAAUGUUGAUGUUUUUUGUAGCAUGGCGUCAGAUCUCAAAAGCUUGCGAUCCUUGAAAUUAGAGGGAGGUUGGAAAGAGUUGCUAGCUUCUCUUGGCAAAUUGAAGCAUUUGAGGUACCUUGACAUCUCAAAAACUGAUGUCAGAACAAUACCAAAAUCCUUCUCCAAGCUCUAUAAUUUGCAGACUUCAAAAUUUCCUGACUAUGGUAGUCUUAAAAAGCUUCCCAAUGGCAUGGCAAAUCUCAUCAGCUUGAGGCAUAUCUAUUCUAGUCGUCCAAGGGAUAUAUCUAUCAUGCAGUUAACUUCCCUUCGAACAUUAUCACAUUUUGAUGUGGGCACAAAAAAGGGACGCCGGAUUGAAGACCUUGGAUGCUUAAGCCAACUUGGAGGAAAACUAGGGAUUUGGAAGCUUGAACAUGUCAGAUCUAAAUUGGAAGCUUCUAAAGCAAACCUGAAAGAAAAGGCAAAAUUGCAUCAAUUGAAAUUACACUGGAGUAAUGGCUAUGAAAGAGAAGUCAACAACAACGAUGAAGAAGUUCUAGAAAGCCUUCAACCUCAUUCAAAUUUGAAAAGCCUCACUAUUGAUGGUUAUAAAGGAAAGAGGUUCCCAUCUUGGAUGGGGAAUGAUGUAAAUAGUUCUGGUUCUUCAUUCCUUCUUGACAACAUGGUGGAGUUGAAGUUAAGUAAUUGCAAUGAGUGCACGUGUAUUCCGAAUUUGGGACUAUUGCCUUUUCUGAAGGUUCUUUACAUUGAAGGAAUGGAAAAUGUUAGAAGAAUGGGUCACAAGCUUCAGCCUGGAGGAGCAGAAUCAAUCAGAUUGUUCCCAGCUUUGAAAACACUCACUGUAGCUGACAUGCAAAGGCUAGAAGAAUGGGUUGAAGUUGUUGAGGAUGCAGCUGUAGGGAGCCAAGGUGUGAUCGUGUUUCCUUGCCUUGAGGAUGUGAAGAUUUCUAAUUGUCCUUUGUUGAAGACUUGGCCGAUGGGCGGAUUUUCAUCUCAUCAUAAGCUCUGUGGGCUGUGGAUAGAGAGGUGUGAGAAACUGAUGGCUAUCCCUAGUUUAGAUGGGCUCUCAACUCUUACAACGUUUGGACUCGGGGACAAUAAUGGAUUAACAAGUCUGCCAAUUGGGCUUGGAUCCUGCAUCUCUCUUCAGUUCUUGCAAAUUAAAAGUUGCCAAAAUCUGAACUCCAUUCCAAUUAUGAAUGGGUUGACAUCUCUUGAAUACCUCUGCCUUUAUUGUUGCGAUGGAUUAACGUGUCUUCCAAUUGGGCUGGACUCUUGCAUUUCACUUCAGAAGUUGAAAAUUGAAUUUUGCCAUAAUUUAAUUUCCAUUUCUGACGGUAUCAAGAAAUUACGUUCUCUCAGUGUUCUUGAAAUAAAAGCUUGCGGAAAUAUAAGGAGCCUUCCAGAGGGGUGGCUAGAUAGCCUCACCCGCUUGAAGAAGUUAAGCCUUGGUCCUUUUUGGUUGGAGUUGGAGGAAUUUCCAGGAUUGACCUCCAUUCAUCAAUUCCACCCCUCGCUUGAAUUAUUGAUCCUGUACGGAUGGGACAAACUAAAGUCUCUGCCACAUCAGCUUCGACAUCUCACUGCCCUCAAUGAAUUAUGGUUAAGGUAUUUCAAUGGCCUGGAAGCUUUGCCAGAGUGGUUGGGAGACUUCUCUUCUCUUCAUUGGCUGGAGAUUAGGAAUUGCUCUAAUUUGACUCAUCUGCCUUCUAUUGAAGCCAUGCGAGGCCUCUGCAACUUAAAAUAUCUUCAAAUUUUCGGUUGUCCGAAAUUGAAGAGAAGAUGCGCCAAAAAGAGGGGCCCCGAAUGGUCCAAGAUCUCCCACAUUCCCAAUAUCUACAUACAUUACAAGGAGAUAUAGAUUUAUGAAUCUAAAUAAUUAUGCGCAUCUGCUCAGGCCUCAGGGUUCCUCUAAAGCUGGUGAGUUCCUGAAUUCCUUUCUGC